UCAUUUUACAAAAUAACAAUUAUCAUUUCAAUAAAACUUGUUAAACUUGAUUAUAGAGUUUGGGCACAUCAAGCUUGUUUUUGUUCAACAAAACUUUUAUUCUAAGAAAAUAUAAUGAGUGUUUCAGAUACUCGUAAUAAAAAGCAAAUAUCGACAUUAAAGGAAAAACUCACGCAAAAUCAAGAGUUAAUCAAUCCUUGUUUUCAGGAAUAUAAUAUUAGUGCAAAAUGUCUAGAAAGGAAUAGAUACGAUUAUGAUAAAUGCUCUCUACAGUUCGAAAACUACAAACUUUGCAAAAAAAUUUGGGGAAAAAUAAUUCACAAUAGAAAGAUGAAAAAUAUAAAACCUUAUGUUCCUUUACCUGAAGAACGAGAGAAAAUAAAACAGGAGUACUUUCGAUCCAAAUAGAAAAAUAAUUCUGUUUUUAUCUCAUUUUUAUAGUAAAUUUACAAAUGUUAUUUGUUUAUACUAAUUUCCAUCGUAAUUCUGAAAUGCAGAAAAAAUGUAUUUCUAAAAUACAGUAAAGUAUUUCGCUUGUUUUUGUAAUUAUCUAAAUUACGGGCAGAUUAAAUUGAUGCAGAUUAAAUUGUC